AUGGGCCCGGCCCGCCGCAGGGCCGCACUCCGCCUGCGCGGCGGCGGGUCCCCGCCGCUGCUGGGGCUGCUGCCUGGCAGGUUCUCCGUGUUCCCACUCUUCUUCCUGGCACUGCUUCUGGGCUUUGCCUCGCUGCUCUGGCUCCAGCUCAGCUGCUCAGGCGAAGGGCCGGUGUCUGGCGGCGGGCAGAGCCAGGGGUCUCCCCGGCAAUCCUGCCCGCCCCAGGCCCCUCUCUUGCCAGUGGAGGAUGAGCCAGCGUGGGGUCCCCACCGCCUGGCACUGCUCGUCCCGUUCCGGGAGCGCUUCGAGGAACUGCUGGCCUUUGUGCCCUACAUGCACCGCUUCCUGAGCAAGAAAAAGAUCCGACAUCAUAUCUUCAUCCUCAACCAGGUGGAUCACUUCAGGUUUAACAGGGCGUCCCUGAUCAAUGUGGGCUUCCUGGAGAGUGGCAAUGACACCGACUACAUCGCAAUGCACGACGUUGAUCUGCUGCCCCUCAACGAGCAGCUGGACUAUGGCUUCCCAGAGGCAGGGCCCUUCCAUGUGGCAUCCCCAGAGCUGCACCCACUCUACCACUAUAAGACCUAUGUGGGCGGUAUCCUUCUGCUCACCAAGCAGCACUAUGAGAUGUGCAACGGCAUGUCCAACCGCUUCUGGGGCUGGGGACGAGAAGAUGAUGAGUUUUAUCGGCGUAUCAAAGGAGCCGGUCUCCAGGUUCGCCGUCCCUCUGGAAUCACAACUGGGUAUGAGACUUUCCAGCACCUGCAUGACCCAGCGUGGAGGAAGAGAGACCAGAAGCGCAUUGCUGCGCAGAAGCAGGAACAGUUUAAGGUGGAUCGGGAAGGAGGUCUGAACAACGUGAGGUACCGAAUUGAGUCACGGACAGCGCUGAGUGUGGCAGGAGCCCCUUGCACCGUCCUUAAUAUCUUGCUGGACUGUGACACAAAUGAGACCCCUUGGUGCACAUUUGGCUGAGCCUCUCUCCCAUGUGCCAGCUGCGUGCACCGUGCUUGUGCUGAGAUGGUGGGGCUUCUGCCAAGCUGCUAGGAGCAGGCAGGACUUUUGCAGCAGACAAGCAUGGCAGUGCUGGUGAGAUGCAGAGGAAAGAAAGACCAAGAACCAGAUUUUGCUGGGAUCAACAGAAGAGGCUGAGAUCAGGACUCGGUGGUGUUGCUGUGGAUGCUGGUGCUGCCUCCCAGGGCAAGUGCAGGAGACAGUUUUCCUGCACUGGACAUAGCUGAGCUGCCACCCAGCUCAGAGGACAAUAAAGAGCUA